AUGGCGCAACAGCAACAACAACACUUCCAACAACAGAUGACCACGCAGCAGCAGACUCACCAACAGCAGCAGCACCAGCAGGUAGCCUCCUCCACCAGGACGGUCAAACAGAGUUACCAAGUGCAACAGCGUUAUGAGACCCAUGUUUCCGGUUCUCACCAAACAGAGGCGCUGCAGUACCAACAACCUCAGCAGCAAACGCAGCAGUACCAGAUGACUCAGGAAACGUCCACCAUCUCGCAACACGCGCCGGUCGUCAGCAGACAGUUCCAGGGCGCAGGACAGCCGAUGGCAAAGCCCACGUCUUUCGGAUCAGCCAACGCUCACCCCUCCCCGCCCUUCCAAGGCUCCCCACAGUUCCCUAAAAAUGCUACACCAACUCCCUUCGCUUCAUCCUUCUCCAAACCUGCCGCUCAGCCUCCCUUCGCUACACAAAACGCUACUCCUGCUCCUUACACUCCCCACGGCGCUGGCCAACCCCAGUACGCCCCACAGAACAUGACCCAGCCCCAAAACACGCCCCAACAAGCCCCUCGCCAGCAGUUUGCCCCAAGGCCACAAUUUGCUCCACAGACUGCACCUCAACCACAACCUCAACAACAACCACAAUUUGCUCCCCAAAAGAUCCAGCAGCCACGAUUCCCUCCCCAACAGGCACCUCAACAAGCACCUAAGCCCCAAUUCGCUCCCCAACCUCCCCAACAGGCUCCCCAACAGGCUCCCCAACCUCCCCAACAGGCUCCCCAACCUCCCCGACAGGCUCCCCAACCUCCCCAACAGACUUCCCAGCCUCCCCAGCCAUCCCAGCAGGCUCCCCAACCUCCCAAGAAAGUAGUUCCACCACCACAACAGCCAUCCAGGCCCCAGUACACUCCCCAGAACGCCCCCUGGGUCAACCAACAGCCUCUCAAGCAGGUAACCCGAGUCCAGUUUGCUCCCCAAAAAGCCCCCGAGCCACACUUCACACAACAAAACGGUGCUCCCCAACAACCAUCCCAGCAACAGGCUCCUCCCCAGCAACCCCCAGCACAGGUCCCUCCCCAACAGGCCCCGCAACCCCAGACCGCUCCCCAGAAAGCCCCACAGCCACAGCCUACCCAACAGGCCCAGCAACCCCAGCCCGCUCCCCAGAAAGCCCCACAGCCACAGGCCCCACCACAGCCCCCAAAAGCAACCCAGCAAGUGGCACCGUCUCAAAAAGCCCCGCAGCAGACGCCUCAGCCUAAGCCUGCCGUUAAUAAGGGCGGCAAAAAGAUUAAGAAAGGUCAAAAGCCCAAAACUGGCGCUGCCCAAUAUAAGGUUCUGCCUCAACUGGCCGGCCAGCAGGGACCUCCGGGUGCUGCACCAACCGAUGCUCUUACGAACGGUGAUAUCCACGACCCUCCCCCAGGGUAUACUAAUGCCUACUCUGCUGUCCAUGGAGAGUGGCCUCCGAAGGCCGAAAAUGGAAGGAACCUUACCACUACCUACCCCUCGGGCGUCAAAUAUAGGGACGGCGUGGAUGGAACGCAAGCCAUGAUUGUCACAUCCCAGCCUGCCUUCAAGAUCAGCAAGCCCGUCCGGCAAAGAGGGGACGACAAGUGGCCACCUAGGGGCGCCUUCGAAGAACCAAAGAUGGAGGUUCGCGAGUUAAUCAGACCCAAGAAGGCCAGUAAGGACUACUCCAAGUUCUUCGCACAAAACGCCCUCCCACAUAACUACGCUGGUUACCGCGCGCCCCCUGGCACCCAGCACUUCCAGGUCGAAGAAGGAGAAGCAAUGGAACAAGCGGAAGACGAAGAAGAAGAGGAGGAGGAGGAGGAGGAGGAAGAGGAGGAGGACGAGGAGUAAACUUUUUUCACGAACUUAGCUUAUACAUCUGACGACGAGGUUUUAUUUAUUUUUUUUUCUAUCUUGCGUUUUCUUGACUUGAGAGAAACUAGCAGACGGUCAUACGGAACAACGGACGGACGAGAAGUAAAAUGUUUGUAAUUUUGUUCCGCCGAAACACCGUACUGGCCUGCCUGCCCCCCUCGCCCUUGCCCUCUCGCACUAUGUCCUCUUAAGAUCUUAGUUCGACAUUAAGUAAACAAGCCAAGUCGAUAUACUGCAAGGAAAACACACACACACACACACACACACACACACACACACACACACACACACACACACUACAGUACCAUUCUCUCUCACUCUCUUACUGUUAACUGCCUUUACUACUGCCACUCUAGAGGAGGAAAAUCACUUCUCCAAUAGCUAUUGUGAGUAAUCCUUGAUCAACAAUCGCGCACAUAAUUCGAUCAGUGAGUUUAGUUAGUUAUUUAAAAUGAUCAAUUCAUCUUCAAUGUUCUGGACGACGCACAAACAAAUCUCUCUAGUAAUCUCUCAGCAAACAGCUAAAGUUUAUUAUAUGAAGUGGUCCUGUUUACUCAUCGUUUGUCUAUUGUCAUGACUAGCCAGCAUCCGUCCGCACGUCGCGUUACAUGUAACCUACACGUUACACUGUCUUCGUCUUGGAAUAAUGAUUAUUUGUCUUCAUUGAGGCCCUUCAGUACUAUGACACAUUUUUACCAUGUGUUUUAAAUAUGAUUAAGAGGAUAUUAUUUACGUUAGGAAGGGUCUAUGGAGGUCAGAUGAUUGAUGCAGAGUCUUCACUAUUUUAAUCCCAACAUAAGUUUCUGAAGCUGUAUAAAAUCGCCAAAUAGUGAGUAGAAUGAAUGUGAAAACGUGUCCUGGUACUGAAGGGGUUAAGCAUCGCUCCUCCAGAACAAACGACAAACAACGGAUGCUCUCGAACUCGAUCUCACUCCUCGGUCUCUCCAUCUCCAUUAGCGAAACUUGCACUGCCUCUGUGUCAACAGUGUACCGAACACCACACUUUCUAUCAGCACUAUCGUAAGGAUCUUCAAGAUUGCUACAGAUUUUUAACUGUGAAGCAAAGAAAACGUGUUAUGUUGAAAAAAAAAAAAAAACGUACAUUUUCUUCUUUGGUUUAAGUUUUGUCAUUUAACUCCUCUGGCUUCUGAUUGUCACAUUGAUUAUUAUAUUCAUCAUUCAUCUUUUUUUUCAUCUCUAUCAAUUAUCUCUUGCGAGACUCAAGAUCAUAGUGGAGUGAUCUUAACGUGUCUUAGUUUAUUCUCUCUCUCUCUCUCUCUCUCUCUCUCUCUUAGGAGGUAAUUUCAAGUGUAAGAUUUUGUUUGUUCUUAUUCUAUUUACUUAUCACUGUCAUUAUUAUUAUUAUUAUUAUUAUUUUAUUUAGCUUAAUAACACGUGACGAUUCUAGAGCUUCUUUUUUCUAGCACAGAACACAACACUUGUAUACCAACAAUAAAAACCAACAACAAUCA